UUGUUCACCGCAUUUAAUAUUUUACAGCGAUGGAAAAUUCUGAUACAUACUUCUUUAAAGGUAAAGCGAGAUACGUUCCCGUCUGUAGCUACUAAUCUUGCCGCUGUAUCGCCAUGGGCUGUGCAUUGUGUCACAGAAAGAGUGGCUCGGGGAGAUGCAGUUUCUGCAAAUAAUGAGGAUGAGAGAAGUGUUUUGCGCCUGAUGAAGGAAGUACAAGUAAUAACUUCGAAUGUUCCAGGUUCUGCACACAUGAGAGUGAACAUGCGAAAUGAAAUCUGUGGUUUAAUGUGUGAUCGAGGCUUACUGAGUUUCUACAUCACGAUCAACCCAGCAGACAUAUACAACCCUCUUGUUAAAUUUCUUGCUGGUGCCAAGAUAGAUGUUGACAUUCUCUUACCAGAACAGGUGCCAAAUUUUCAUGAUCAGUCGAUUCUUGUCGCUCAAAAUCCUGCUGUUGCAGCUAAGUUUUUCAAUAUCUAUAUGAAAACAUUCAUUAAA